AUUGCGGAAUAACGUGAUCGGCCGCACCGUCCCGGAGUGGUAACUAAUGACGCCGCGCCCGCACCGUUCGGGAGGGAUUCCUAUGAUACAUUAAAAUGGCGCCGCACCUAACACUACAUGAUCGUGUGUUGAUCUCGCGUGAUGGCUGGGGCCUCAAGGCGCGCCUCUACAGCGGAUAGAUUGUAUCGUCAGAUCAUUGACUAUUAUGGAAGAUGCAGUGUGAUUGCUAACGUGACUGCGCCUGUAUGGGGUCAAAGCUGGCACGUGGCUGCUAUGUUGGACAGUUCCUCGCGUAUUGCGGGAAACCCGGGUGGCUGGCUAUGGGGCCUGUGCAAUCCUUAUAGACCGCACGACAGUUACAUUGCACAAUCUCAAUUGGAGUUUGACCAAUCCAAAGCAAAGCUGCAAGAGCUGCGCGCUGCUGCAGCUCCUCACUUGCUGGACGCACGUCGUAUUCGCACGAAACAUCAGCUUUGUAUGAAGGGGCCAGAUUCAAACAGGCGUAGGACUGGCAGAUCAGUACAUCUUGCGACACUAUCAGCUGAGAUCCGGCUUGAAGUGCCGUUCGAGGGGGUGUAUGAUAGGCCUAGUCUCGGCGGCAUAUGA